CAAUUAGUUCUUGUAGUAGUAACAGUCACAGUAAUAAUAAAACAUUAAAAAAUGCUGGCAAAGGCUGUUCUAGUCAUCACGCUCUUCGCUGUAGCGAUUGCACGGCCUCAAGGUCACGACCAACACCACGGUCACAGUCACGCUAUUUCCUCACAAAGCGUCGUACUGCACCACACUCACGAGACCAAACACCCUGUACACCACGAGGAACAUCAUGAAGCCCACCCUAAGUACGAGUUCACGUACAAGGUGGAGGACCCUCACACCGGUGACAAAAAGUCCCAACAUGAAUCUCGUGAUGGAGACGUCGUGAAGGGCAUGUACAGUCUGCACGAGCCCGACGGUACUGUCAGGAUUGUGGAGUACCACGCUGACAAGAAGACUGGUUUCAACGCCAACGUCAAGCGUGAGGGUCACGCCAAACACAUUGUUCCCAAGCACCAUCACCACCAUUGA